UUUGGAUGCUAGAACUUCAGUCAGUCGCUACAAGUAGAGUUUAUUAAAUUAUUUUCAUUUCAAAUCAAGUCACGCGUUAUUGUUACAGUUUAUUAGUUCUACAACUUUGCAGUGAGUUAAUAUCGCAUUAAUAUGUUACAAGUAUGAACAUGUUAGAGUAAAUAAAAGAAGGUGUGAGGCGACUAUGCUAAGCUAACCCGCCGUUGCUUGACAACCUGUUGGAUGUGCAGAUAUAAAGCAGCGGUGUGUGGAGUCAGUUCCAGGAUUGAUUAGUUUAACUGGUCAUGCUUGUUCCUGGUUGUGAGAGUCAUCCAUGUCUACUGCAGACAGGCUGCUGGUGGACGAUGUGGUCUCUCUGAGGAACCAGUUACGGAUAACUGAGAGGAAUUUGCAGGCUUUGGGAGAGCAGUUGAGUCAGUCAGAAAGUGAAAUCGUUGCUGAGCACAAAGACGGAAGUGGAUCAGAUGGUUUUCCAAGCCACCUCACAUUAGAGGACCUUCAGAGACCUGAUGCUGCACGAUCUCGAUCACAUCCAGGAAGCGUGGAGAGAACCAGCACUCCGAAACCGCGAGAGAACCCACGGAGAACAUGUUCACGUGCACACAGUGCUGAUUACAGACCUCGUUCGGCCGAGGACAUGGAGAACGAGGCGGCUCAGCUCAGGAGGAAGCUCGCGUCUGUUCGGCAGGAGAACUCCUCUCUGGUGCUGGAGAACAGGCAGCUCGUCAGCGAUCUGGAGGCUGCACAGCUCGAACUGCCCGGUUCCAGGUCCAAGUUGUGCGUGCUAGGUUCCUCUAUAGGAGCGAAGACCUCCAGCGUUUCACUGAUGAAAGAGCAGAUUCUAGACCUGGAGGCACAACUGGAGGUUCAAGUCAAGGCUCUUCGGGACGCUGAGCUACGGCGUGCAGCGAGCGAGCAGACUGUGGGACAUAGUAACAGACUGGUGGAGGAGCUCAGAGAGGAGCUGGAUGAAGUGAAAUCGGACUUGACCGAUAGAACUCGACAAUGGAAACGAAUGGAGCAGCAGAGGAACCAGGCUCUUCUAAAUGCAGAGAAACUCACAGCGGCUUUCAAAGACUACAAAGCCGACGUGGCUGAGAAAUUAAAGAAGGUAAUGGAGAACGAGGGCAAAUUGAAAUCCAGUUUGAUCGAGUGUGACCGUCAAAGAGAAGAACUGGAGAAAAGAUGCUCAGAGCUGGAGAGAGAGCGAGAGAGGACGACCGAUCGCCUCAGAGAGCUGAAGGAGGCUCGAGAACACUCCCAGUCUCUCUCUGUCGAGCGUCUGGAGUUGCAGGGCCGGAUUCAGAGAGCCGCCGAGGAGCUGGGCCAGCUGCAGAGGGAGCUGGAGAGAAAGGAGACGCAGCUGCAGGAGAACGCGGAGCUGAGGAGGGAGAGGGAGGACCUGCGGCUCCUCGGCGCCUGUCAGGAGCAGAGGCUGGCUCAGGCUCACAGGGAGAUCGAGCAGAGCAGAGCAGAACUGGCCAGUCUGGAGAGCCUGCUCGACCGGUUACAUCUCAGAGAGAAUCGGGACGGAGCGCUGUGUAUAAAUCCGUGUCUCUUACCUCCGCCGGCUUUCUCCGCCGCCACAGAGCAUCUUCAACUCAACCCAGCCGAGCGUUAUCAGAAACUGCUGGCGGCGCUGCAGAGCGUAGAGAAAGAGAAAGCGAGACAGGCGAGUGCUGCCCAGAACCUCCAGGAGAGACUGACCAGAGCUCAAGACGAGAUCUCGUCUCUCCAGACCACCAUCACACAGAGAGCCUCUCACUACCAACAGCUUCACAAUCAGCUGCUGGAUAAAGCUACUCAAGCCACCACGCUGGAGAAAGAGCUGAAGAAGAAGAACUCUCGGCUCGCCGUGCUGGAGAAACAGCUGCAGGAGAAAAGUGCUGCUUAUUCCCAAGCCGCCAUCAAAACCAGCCAACUGGAGCAGCAACUACUGGAGAAAGACAGUAGCAUCCAUCAUUAUCAGUCAGUAAUGAAGAAGAAACAGAAGGAACAUCAGGAGACCAUGGAGACGUUCAUGAUGGCCGAGACAGACAGAUCCCGAGAACUGGAGGACCGAAUGGAGCUGCUUCAGUUGUCUCUGGAUCAGAGUCGGGCCGAAGUAGCCGAGCUGAUGCAGACCGUGUCCAGUCUACAUUCAGAGAAGCAAGAAUCUCAACGUCAGGCUUGUUUACUGCAGGCGUCUGUAGCCCAGCUCACACAGGAGAUGGAUAUGAGAGCCAAGCAUGGUGAAGGAGCAAUGCAGGGUUUAAAAGAACAAGCCUCUGAAUCUGCUCGUGAGGUGAAGCAUCUGGAGACAGAACUGUCCUGCUGUAAGGGGGAGCUGAAUGGUUGCCUGCAGCGGAUCGAGACCACCAAGCGACAGCACGAGAAACAGCUGGAGCUGAAAAACUCUGAGCUGUCAGUCCUGCAGGAGGCAGUAAGGAGCAGAACUUCGGACUGUGAGAGGUGCUCUGAGGAGAACCUGCAGCUCCAGCGUGCCAUACAGAGACAGCACAGCAUGCUGCAGGAGAGCAGCACUCACAUAGCGCAGAUCGAGGACAACCAGAGCCACCUUCAGAACCAGGUUUCUCGUCUGGAGCGAGAGCUGGAGAAAGAGCGCGCCUCCUCAUUACAGCAGCUGAGGAAGAAAGACAAGGAGGUGGAGGAAACCAAAGAGGAGGUGCAAAACAAGGAGAAGCACGCUGCCGAACUCUCUGCUUCUAUACGGACGCUGAGCUCGGAGAUGAGCGCGUGUCGAGAGGAGCUGAGCGAGAUGGAGAAGGAGCUGCUGAGGCUCAGGAGGGACAGCAACGCUAAAGCUACGCAGCUCUGUCAGAUGGAGGAGACGCUCCAGGAGACCAAAGGGCUGCUGGAGAAGAAAAGUGAAAUGGUCCUCGACCUGGAGGAGAAGCUGCACCGGACCGAGGUGGACAGACGGAACUCCCUGCAGAGGGCUCAUUUGAUGGAGGAGCAGCUGAACACGGUGCGCGGGGAGCUGGCCGAUACCCGCGGGCACCUGGAGGAGCUGAGGGACGUGCUGCAGAGAACCCAGCUCACCGCCGAUCAGCGCCAGGCCACCAUCCACCAGCUGACCGUAGAGCUCAGGGAGAGCCAGCGAGAGUUGGAGGAGAGGAAUCACGAGGUCUUAGACAUGGAUACUGCACUAAAAGAGAGACAGGGAGAGCUGCAACAGAGAGCGCAACUGCUUGGUCAGCUGGAUACGGCCAUUAAGGAGCAUAAGCUGGAGAUGGAGAAGAAGGUGGAACAUCUGCAGGAGGUUCUACAGAAGACAGAGAGGAAGCUUAAAGAGAGGGAAGAAAAGGUGGCGUUCCUCACCGAGAGGCUGGAUUUAGUCCGAUCUCAGCUUCAGGGAAAGGAGGUGCUAGAACAGAGCGCGCUGGAUUAUGGGCAGCAGCUGCGCGCGUGUCGUGAGCAGCUGCAGACGAGCAUCCAGGAACUGCAGGAUGCACGCGCUCGCUCUGAAGCUCUGAGCCAGCAGCUGGAUACAGUCACACAGCUGGAGAGACAGAAGGACGUCGAGGUGCAGCAGUUGAUGGAACAGCUGGGCGUUCUUCAGAAGCGGUGGUCGCAGGCCGAGUCUCAGCUCCAGACCACCGUCCCGGCACUACAGCAGGAACUGGAGGAGCAAAGAGAAGAACAUCACAGAGAGCUCUCGGCCCUUCAGCAGACUCGAGGACAGCUGUUGAAGGUAUCGGAUCAGAUUUCCACCAGCCUGCGCGACACCCAGGAGCAGCUCGAGGAGGCCAGAGCCGACGCCAACGACCUCCGAGCUCAGCUCCGCUCCGUCCAGCAGCUUCUGCAGCACGCCAACGAGGGUCUGCUCAUUAAGGAAUCGGAGAUCACUCGUCUCCAAGCCAAGGUCUCCAGCCUGGAGAGAGAGCGAGCCUCUGAGCGCCGUAGCGCCUCACUGCACCGCGACUCCGGCACUUUUCCUGAUCUCUCUCCUCCUCUCAAGGACUCCCUCCCUCUCGCCGGCUCUACAUCCUGGACGGAAGCCUCCUCGGAUACGUCUCUGGAGCUUCCCGAGAGUCUGAAGGCCAGCGUGAGGGCGGCACUGAAGCCUCCAAGUUCUCCAUGCAGCGGCUGGCAGGGUCUGAGCCACCCUGAUCAAUCCUGUACCUCAGAGAUGACGUUUAAUCCCCUGACGUACAUGCUGGAUGGAGAGGAACCCCAGGAACCAGAGCUGGACUCUCUGUCCGGCAUGCUGAGGUUCGUUAACCAGACUCUGGCCCUGCAGGAGCAGCACUCGCACACAGUUUCUCCUCCAGAGUGAAGAUGGAUGAAGCAUUAAAGCGGAUUUCUCAGAAGCGUUUUGGAAACGUGGACGUGAAGUGUGUGUGUGUGAAGCCGUACAGUCAGACGACGAAGGCUCAUCAUGGAGUUAUUUAUGCAUUAAAGACAAUCCUGCUCACUUGAA